UCCACUCCACUCCACUCCACAGACGACUCCGCGUACGCCCUGCGAGAGAGCGAGGUUUGCAGGAUGGAGAGGCGGCUGUUCGAGACGGUGAGGCACGGCGGCAGGGCGCUGUACAGGCUCCACGCCGUCACGGUGGCCGCCUCAACGCUCCUGGUGCUCUACUACCGGGCGACGCGCGUGCCGGGCUCCGGCGGGAGGCGGGCGGCGUGGCUGGGGAUGCUGGCGGCGGAGCUCUGGUACGCGGCCUACUGGGUCGUCACGCAGUCGGUGCGCUGGAGCCCCGUCCGACGCUGCACCUUCAGGGACAGGCUCACCGCCAGAAGGUACGGAGACAGGCUACCUGGUGUGGACAUCUUUGUAUGCACUGCAGACCCACUUUCAGAGCCACCAAGUCUCGUCAUCUCCACCAUUCUAUCGGUCAUGGCAUACAAUUACCCAGCCGAAAAAUUAAGUGUGUACCUUUCUGAUGACGGAGGCUCGGUCCUCACUUUCUACGCUAUGUGGGAAGCCUCCUUAUUUGCAAAGCAUUGGCUACCAUUCUGCAAGAGAUAUAACAUUGAGCCAAGGUCACCGGCUGCUUAUUUCUCAGAGUCAUAUCAAGAUUUGUGCACCCCAAAAGAAUGGUCAUUUAUCAAGGACAUGUAUGAUGAAAUGACUGAGCGCAUAGAUACGGCUGUCAUAUCACGCAAAAUUCCUGAAGAGAUCAGAUCAAAUCAUAAAGGGUUUUAUGAAUGGAAUCCAGAAAUUACCUCAAAAAAUCACCAGCCAAUUGUGCAGGUUCUGAUAGAUGGCAAAGACCAAAAGGGAGUUGAUAGUGAAGGAAAUGUGCUUCCAACCCUUGUUUACAUGGCACGUGAGAAGAGGCCUCAGCAUCACCAUAACUUCAAAGCUGGGGCAAUGAAUGCUCUGAUAAGGGUAUCAUCAGUGAUAAGCAACAGCCCUGUCAUCAUGAAUGUGGACUGUGAUAUGUAUUCCAACAACAACGAUACGAUCAGAGAUGCAUUGUGCUUUUUCCUUGACGAAGAAAUGGGUCACAAGAUCGGUUUUGUGCAGUAUCCUCAGAACUAUAACAACAUGACCAAGAAUAAUCUAUAUGGGAACUCCCUCCAUGUCAUCAAUGAGGUGGAGAUGGGUGGUAUGGACAGUUUGGGUGGACCUCUGUAUGUUGGCACUGGAUGUUUCCACAGAAGGGAGAUCCUUUGCGGCAAGAGGUUCACCAAAGACUAUCAAGAAGACUGGAACGGAGGGAUCAAGGGUAGAAUACAAGAUACUAGCAUAGGUGAGAUUGAAGAGAAAGCAAAGUCUUUAGCAACCUGCACAUAUGAACAUGACACACAAUGGGGAGAUGAGAUUGGGUUGAAGUAUGGUUGCCCCGUGGAGGAUGUAAUCACCGGAUUGGCGAUACAUUGCAGAGGAUGGGAGUCAGUCUACAGCAAUCCUACAAGACCAGCGUUUAUGGGUCUAGGUCCAACGACACUUGCUCAGACACUACUGCAACACAAGAGAUGGAGCGAGGGUAGUUUCUCAAUCUUUCUGUCAAAAUACUGCCCCUUCUUGUUUGGGCAUGGAAAAACCAACUUACGACAUCAAAUGGGCUACUGUAUCUAUGGGCUAUGGGCACCCAAUUCACUCCCUACCCUGUAUUAUGUUGUCAUCCCUUCACUAGCCCUCCUCAAAGGCAUCCCCCUUUUCCCCAAGAUUACGAGUCCAUGGAUCGCACCCUUCAUAUAUGCCUUCUGUGUGAAGAACAUGUACAGCCUAUAUGAGGCAUUAUCAUGUGGAGACACGUUGAAAGGAUGGUGGAACGGACAAAGGAUGUGGUUGGUUAAGAGAAUAACCUCGUUUCUCUUUGGAGCCAUUGACACAGUUCGGAAGCUAUUAGGGCUAUCAAAGAUGACAUUUGUGGUUACACCAAAGGUAAGCGUUGAAGAUGAAUCCAAGAGGUAUGAGGAAGAAAUUAUGGAAUUCGGGUCAUCGACUCCGGAAUAUGUGAUCAUCGCAACUAUCGCGUUACUCAACCUUGUUUGCCUCCUGGGAGGGCUAAGCCAAAUCAUGACAGGUGCAUGGAAUAUACACUUGGAUGCAUUUUCCCCCCAACUCAUUCUUUGUGGGAUGCUAGUGAUAACCAAUAUGCCAUUCUAUGAAGCAAUGUUCCUGAGGAAUGACAAAGGCAAAAUACCAUUCACAGUAACAUUAGCUUCUUUUGGCUUUGUGAUGUUGGACUUUCUGGUGCCAAUAGUUUAAGUGCCCACAGGAGACAUCAGUGUCUAAUAAAGUACUCAAGUUGGUAUGCUUUAUGGUUCUCUUGAAAUAUAUUUCAUCUAAGAAACUUCAUGUGA